GUUCCCUUGUGCAUUGUAUUCUGAACCCAUUGCUGUACUAAACUGACCGUUCGAGAAAAUUGAUCAAAAGAUUUUCAGAGGCAGAAUCUCGAAAAAUCAGAUGUCGAGAUCUGAAUAUCGAAAUCUCAGAUUUCGAUAAAGGAGGCCCGGUAUCGAUAUUUGGGCUCGAGAUUAAGGAUCUCGAGAUUUGGGAUCUCGAGAUUUCAAAUUUCGAGAUGCUGAUCUCGAGAUUUGAAAUGUCGAGAAGUUAAUCUCUCGAAAUCUUAAUCUGAUGAGUCAAAUGUCGAGACCAGAUGUCGAAACCUUUUCUCGAAAUCAAGAUUUCGAAAUCCUAGGUGUCGAAAUCCUCAAUGUCGAAAUCUUUCAACCUGUAAAAAUCAGAUAAUCAAAAUCUGAAGAUAGUUUCCUGUAGAGUUGAAUGUCGAGAUCUUCUGGUAAAGUUUUCAGCUCGAAAAACGUAGCAAAACCUGUGAAGAAGUAGGAUGUCGAGAUGCCUAGCUCGAGAUAUCUCGAAAUCAAAAAUUGCGUAAAACACAAACUGAAGUAUACCCUUUGAUCGCUUUGAAAAGGCGAUUCCAAAGGUGUGACUUUUACAACUUUUGAACAAGAAACAAAAUUACAGAGCAAAAAAUCGACAGAAUGAACUACGUUAACAAAAACAGAGUAUUCUGCAGGAGUUCUUCUGAUCGUUCUCGAUCCGCUCUGAUACCAAUUUUUAGUCCCUGUUUCUUUCACAGCAAUGAAUAAUCGAUCUAACAAGGAAGAUUAAACGUAAAGAUGAACACAGAAUGAAUCACCGUAAAACCUUCUUUGAUAAACCGUGGAACGUACAGCAGAAUGAUAUAAGCGUAAGGCUAUGAAUAAUAAGUACGACGUUCAACCUUUUCCUAAACCUCGGCUCCCUUUUUAUAGGCGAGGUUUAGGUUAGGCGAAACAGGCUUUUGGCCUGUUUAAAUGGGCCUAACACUUGGCCUGAUUUCUAUCUAAUUUAUGCACUAAUUAAAUACAAGGAUUAAAUAUAAAGCUAAUCUAUGACCAACUUGAUUCACAAUUAAAUAUCUCCAACAUACCUGAUGGAUAGUCUACCCGGGGGUAUAUAUCCGAAGGGUUAUUGCGGGGAACAACUUAGAGAAGGGUCAGAGCCAGUGAGUGAAUGUAGAGAGAGAGUGUAUUCAGUAUGAAUGUCGUGGUUACAAAUGAGGAAAUGGGGUGCUAUUUAUAGUAGCAAUAAAUGCCGGACAGGGACACGUGUCAAGCGCUCAUUGGCCGAGGGGUCACCUCAACUGGUUGGCGCUGGCAACCGCAUGUGGUCGCAUUUAAUGCGGCUGUUGGAUGGGACGUCUGUGCAGGAUACGGUGAUCUGCACGCAUGUGAGGCGGAUAUCUUGUCGAGUGAGAUGCCUUUAGCUAUAGAGCAGUAGCCGAGGGCUCCUCCAACCGACGGCACCCUGGUGCCGAGGGCUCAUAGUGCUGAGGGCUACUGUUUCCGCCGUUUUCUCCCAGUUCCUUAAUUUGCUUGAGAAACCCGUUCUGUGAGAGUUUAGAGCCUUCGGCCAAGGGGCCGAAGGCACCCCUGGCGCGUAGUGUGGGCUGCUUGGUACUCUGGGCGCUGUGAUUUGGGCCUGUUGGGCCUCCUGGGCCUGUUGGGCCUUCAUUGGUGUAGUAGGAGUCUGUGGGCCGGGUGUUCCCGGGCCAUAUACUCCAUCAGGAGUCCCUCACUCCUUUUGCCGAAAGGUACUUGAGGGAAAAGGAGUAAUUUGUGCUUGCCCUUUGAUGUUGUCCUGUCGUGAUCUCUGAAGUUGGUGAGGAGUUGUUGCUUUUAUGUCCCUGCCGAAGGCAGUCCCUCAGUUACCCACAUGUCGGGACUUGAGGGCUUGCUUUGUCGUUUGUUGGAAUUUCACUAAUUUUGUAAUUUAAUGAUUUUCCCGAGGGGUUCUCCAGUCCCCCACUCCUUGAGGCACUUGUAAAGUGGUGAAAAGGAGUAGAGUAGUAGAGUAGUUGCGUUGCUGUUUGUGGGUCGAAGGCUGACGCUUUCCGUUUCAUUUUGGGGGGAUGCCUCGUUAAAAACCUCAUUAGGAAAAACCCUGUGGGAAAAAAUCCUAAUGAGGGGAAAAGAGUGCACCGAAUUCCCCCAAUGAUGAAUCGAAAAUGUCAAACCUUGGUAAAAAAUGGAGAAUAACGGGAAUGCCGAAGGCUCUCUCUUCUGAGGGCUCCUGUGUUGAUUAGCCGAAGGCUUGCUGUUGAUGUCCUGGUGGCACCGAAGGGGAGCCCCUCAAUCCGGGGAUCGAGGGCUUGAUGGAUGAGGGCAGUAGUGGAGUUGUUACCGGGGGUCCACUGUUUGUUGAUUAGUUAGUGAUGAAGAUACCCGAGGGCUCCCAUUGCCUGUGUGCGAUGGGUUAUCCGUCAAUGAAGGCAACUCCCCGGGGGCUACCCGGUUUUGUAGUGCUGAGGGGGAAUUCCCGAGGGGUGCCCUGAUAUGAAGCCUUGGGUUUCUGAAGGAGUGAUCCCGAAGGCAUCUGCUAUGUGCUGUGUGGGGCACAUCCCGGGGGCACUUCUGGGUAAGUGUACCCGGAGGCUAUCCUUGAUGAAGUGGAGUGAAGUAGAAAACCCGGGGGCUUCCAGAAUAUAGCCGUUGUAAAUAUAGCCGUUGGAAUAUAUAACGUCAGGUUUAUAGCCGUUGGGGGGGUACACGUGGCAUGUAGCCAUUGGCUGCUCGCGGGCGGGCGUCACCGGUUGGGUGAAACGACGGUGCGUAAUGAUGGCUUUGGCGGCUAGGAGCCCGGAUCUCGGCCCAAGCCCGGAUCUGGGAGCCUAUAAAUACCCCCAAGCCAGGGCCAUUCCUCCUUUACGCAUCCAACAUCCCUAGCGAAGCUCUGCAAAAAAUUCUAGAGAGAGAAACUCAAGCCUUCGGUCAAACUCCUUUCAAGGUCAGUGCCCCGCUUUCCCCUCAGCACUUUUUGCAAGUUCCGCCCUCUGGCCUUAGAUUAGGGUUAGGGUCCCGUAGAAAUCUUUCGAAACCUUAGGUGCUUUUCGUGGCAAAGAAUGUCGUCCGAGAGCGAUUCCCAAAACAUAUCGGGGGACCCUUCGGUUGAUGAGGAGCACGCUUCAGAUGUGGAGUCCGUGAGCGAGCCCUCGGACGGUGCUGAUGCCGCCCUGGCCCGGGAGGUCCAGAAGGAACUCAUUGCUGAGGUCGAAGCCGAGGGCUUCGAGCAAGAGUGCGAGGAUGAAGACUUAGCCCUCGCAUGGCAAGCAGCGGAGGAUGAGGCGCAGAACGAGAGCUCGAAGGUUAUGAUUGCUGUUCUCUCCCCCCCCCCCCCGGGGUUCUGGGGAGGCCCGUAGCUCGAGGCCGCUAGAUCCGAUACCUCUGAGGGCGGUUUCCGGGUUGAAGAAGAAGAAGGUCGCUACCAAGAAGAAGGAGAGGGCCGUCGAUCAAGGAAAGCCAGUGGACAUGCCCGAGGGGUACAGUUGGCUGAACACUGAGGCCCUCGAGAUUAGGUCGAAGGCUGAUAGGGCAGAUCUGUACGUGACUCAGCUGCACGUGGGGCCCUCAGCCGAAGUGGUGGAGCCAGGUCCUGACGACGUGCUGUCCAAGGCGCCCGAGGGGUGUAUCGCCAUCCACGUCCUCUCGGUUUCUAUGGGACUUAGGUUCCCUCUGCACCCGUUCCUCCGGGAGUACUUGAAGUUUGUUGGUUUGGUCCCCUGCCAACUUACGCCCAACAGCCACUCCUACAUUGCGGGGUUCCUCCAGCUCUGCAAGUCCCGAGGGGUGAAGCCCAGCCUGGAUCUAUUCUUCCAGAGCUUUAAUUUGUGCCGGGGGGGGGCACGAAAACGGCGAGGGGUACGCAAACCUGCAGCAGAUUGCCCGCUUCAAGCUAUUCUCCGAUGCUCCUUCUUCCAACAAAGGAUGGAGGGAACGUUGGUGCUAUGUAAAGUUGGGUGAGAACCCAUUCCCGAGGGAGCUGCGCGAUCGAUUCCGAAGGCACGAAAAGAUCAGGAGUGCUGCCCUCGAGAAAGACGGCCUAAAGCUGGCCAAGUUCCCGGAGGGGAAAAAUAAGAACGUGGCGAUCAAAGAUUGCACCCUCGAGGAGGAUUUAUACACCCUCGGGUUCCGGAGGUACCGCUUCAUAGGGGAGACCGAUGAGAAGUACCCUCCCUUCAACAAGGCCUUCGGAGGAGCCGGAGGUAGGAGCCGAGGGCUUUAGAUUUUUGUACUUAGUUUUUUUUUGCUUGGAUGUCAUUGUCACUUCGCUUAGACCCGUCGGCCUAACCCUUUGUCAUAUUUUUUGCAGGUAUCCCCGUCUCCAUGGUGAACGUGAAGGGCCUCGCUCGCCUGAAGAAACAGGACCCGAAGGGGUCUGGACAGGGCAACCAGAAGCCCACCACUGCCCUCUUCAAGAAAACCGAGGGCGAUGCCGCUGCUAGCAAGAGGAAGGCGGCGACCAAGGGGUCCCCCCCGGCUAUCAAAAAGCCGAAGAAGGGGGACAUCACCGAUAAGGAGCCCCCGGUCAUCAUUGCUGAUGAGCACCCUACCUCCGGGGUUCAUGUGGAGAAGCCGUCGGGUGGAACGCCGGCGGGGGCAGAGGAGUUGCUGCCUGAGGUCCUCCAGGUUUCGUUUCCGAGGGGUACCUCCCUGGCCAGCGGCGCUGUCGACCCGGGGGCCAUCUUGAGGGGCAUAACCCCUGAGACGGAUAGAGCUGCCCUCGGGGCUUAUAAUGAUGCGGCCCUCGAGGACCACAUUCUCCGCUCCUCCCUCUCUGCUUGUCUAGCCCUCGGUGAACAUGCCCGGAGGCUUCAAGAAUGGCGCCUCCAUAAAGCAGAGCAGGACGCCAAGAUGAAGGAGUGCAUCCUCAAAAAUAAAGAGGCGGUGAAGCUGGGGGCCAGGCUAGAAGAGGAGCUUCGGCAAAUGGAGCUAAGAUUGGAGGCUGCAGAGAAGAGCAAGGCUGAUGCUGAGGCCGCUGCUGAGGAGGCCAGGAGAGCUGCCAAAGAGGCCGAGGACUCCAAGGCGCUAGCCGUCGCCAAGGCUCAGGAGGAGGCCGUUGAUGCCUUCGUCGCCGAGGGCUGGAGAGCCGAGGGACGCAAGAUGUGGCUGUCCUCGGUCGUGGAGGCAUACGUCGAGGAAUGGGCCGAGGGCCCUGGGUGGGAAUGGAUGGCCCGGAAGGGCAGAGAAUAUUAUGAGGCCGGCGAAUUCUUCACCCAGGCCCUCAUCUACCGGAGGAUGGCUCGGCAUUUGGGCAUUGAGCCAAAGGAUUUUGCCCCCUCGGCAUAUGGCCUCCCUCCCCUGCAGCCUGAUUUCCGUGAAUCCCUUCCCGAAGGUGUACAAAGGCCCGACCUCGAGAACACAGAGCUGAGGAAUGAGGCCGAGGACGACGCUGUUGAGGCCGGAGCGGAGGCAUCGUCGAGGCCGGCUGCAGAGGGCACCCCGGUGAAUGAUGUUGUUGAAGUUGUCGAGUGAUUUGUACUUAGAAAUCCCUGAACAUAUUUUGUAACGAACAACAUUGAUCCUUCGGCUUCGGCCUGUUUGUAAAUUUCACACUCACUUUUGUUUUUGAU